AUGGCUCCAUCUGCGGGUCCUGCCGGCAUGACGCCGCCGUCCGCCGUGUCGAUGGAGGAGCUGGAGAAGCCGGUUAGCAGUGUCAAGGACAAAUGGAAGCUCUUGCCCUAUUUCCUGCAACUGCGCGGCCUUGUGAAGCAACACAUCGACUCGUUCGACUACUUUACGUCUGUAGAUAUGCGCAACAUCGUGCGUGCACAGGCUAAUAACGUCGUCCGCAGCGACGCCGACCCCAAGUUCUUCUUACAGUACACGGACAUCCAGCUGGGCGCACCUUCCAUCGACGAAGAAGCCUUCGUAAGCGCCAGCGUCACUCCUCAUCAGUGCCGUCUUCGAGACCGCACUUACGCCGCGCCUGUCUACGUGAGCGUGCGCUACCGUCGCGGCAAUAAGAUCGUGACUAAUAACAAGGUGCUUAUUGGGCGUAUCCCCAUCAUGCUCCGCAGCUCGCGCUGUGUGCUCGCUGGCAAGAGCGAGGCAGCGCUGGCCAAGCUCAAAGAGUGUCCGUACGAUCCGGGUGGUUACUUCAUCGUUCGUGGCGUGGAGAAGGUGGUGCUCAUCCACGAACAGCUGUCCAAGAACCGAGUUAUCAUCGAGGAAGACGGCAAGCACAAUGUGUGCGCCAGUAUUACAAGUUCCACACACGAACGCAAGUCCAGGACCAACAUCUUCCUCAACAAAGGGCGCGUAUACUUGAAGUCGAAUUCCUUCGGCAGUGACAUCCCGAUUGUCAUUGUGUUCCGAGGCAUGGGAGUGGAGAGCGACCAGGAGAUCGUCAGCUUAGUGGGCAGUGAGUCGGAUAUCUGCGACGCGCUCUCUGCGUCGUUCGAAGAAGCGUCGGAUCUCAAGGUCUUUACGCAGCAACAGGCUCUCGAGUAUAUUGGAUCCAAGAUGAAUGCGCUCACCAAGAUCGGAGCGAUGGGUGGACGUCAUCGUGGCGGCGCUGGACGACCGCAGAACGACCGCAACCUGGUGGAUGCUGCGCGGUCGGCGCUGGCCAACUUGGUGCUGAAUCACGUGCCGUGCGACAACUUCAACUUCCGUCUCAAGAGUAUCUAUGUGGCCCACAUUGUGCGUCGCAUCCUGUUCACCGACAAGGACCGUACGCGGUUGGAUGACAAGGAUUACUACGGCAACAAGCGUCUGGAGCUGGCGGGUCAGCUGCUGUCGCUGCUGUUCGAAGACCUGUUUAAACGCUUUAACAGCGACCUGAAACGUCAAGCCGACAUGGUGCUGAGCAAGCCCAACCGCGCGUCCGUGUUCGACAUCCUCAAGUGUGUUCGCACCGACACCAUCACGCAGGGUUUCUACCACGCUCUGUCGACGGGGAACUGGACGCUGAAGCGGUUCCGAAUGGAUCGUGCUGGCGUCACGCAUGUGCUCUCGCGUCUCUCGUACAUGUCGGCGCUGGGAAUGAUGACGCGCAUCUCGUCGCAGUUCGAGAAAACGCGUAAAGUGUCAGGUCCGCGCUCGCUGCAGCCGUCGCAGUGGGGGAUGCUCUGUCCUGCUGAUACACCUGAAGGUGAAGCUUGCGGUCUCGUGAAAAACCUGGCCCUAUUGUGUCAUGUGACGUCGGACGAAGAGCCUGCUCCGAUCAAGCGCCUGUGUUUCGAUCUGGGCGUGACGGACGUGUCUCUGAGCUCUGGGGAAGAGAUUAAUCACGCGUCCAACUACCUGGUGAUGCUGAAUGGUGUGAUUAUUGGCACCCACGUGAACCCGCGCGCUUUCGUGACGCGUCUGCGUCGUAUUCGACGUGCCGGUCUCAUUGGCGAGUUCGUGUCCGUUAUGAUCCACGAUGUGCAGCGCGUCGUGUACAUUGCGUCCGAUGGUGGUCGUGUGUGCCGCCCGCUGCUGCUUAUCGACCCUGUGACGCAUCGUACGCGGUUAACGCAGCGUCAUUUAGACGAGCUGCGUGCUGGAGUACGUGACCUCAGCAGUCUCAUCGUGGAAGGCUGUGUGGAAUACGUGGAUGUGAACGAGGAGAACAACUGUCUUGUGGCUCUGCACGAGAGCGAGAUCGGUGACCGCACGACUCACUUGGAGAUCGAUCCGGUGACGAUCCUGGGCGUUGUGUCGGGUCUUAUCCCGUACCCUCACCACAACCAAUCUCCGCGUAACACGUACCAAUGUGCCAUGGGGAAACAAGCUAUCGGUACGAUCGCUAUGAACCAAUUCGAGCGUAUCGACACGCUCCUGUACACAAUGGUCUACCCGCAAAUGCCCAUGGUGAAGACCCGUGUGUUAGAUCUCGUGAAUUUCGACCGUGUGCCAGCUGGACAAAACGCUAUCGUGGCUGUUAUGAGCUACUCUGGCUACGAUAUUGAAGAUGCCAUCGUGCUGAACAAGGCUUCGCUGGAUCGCGGCUUCGGACGUUGUAUGGUUUUCAAAAAGUACCAGACGAUGAUUAAAAAGUACGCGAAUGGCUCGUACGAUCGCAUUGUGGGACCACCGGAUUUCGAUAGUUUGGCAGCCGCGGGCGGUGCUGGCAUGGGCUUCCGCAACGCCAAGUUCUCGUCGUUAGAUGCAGACGGUAUCAGUCGCGUUGGCGGCAUCGUUCAGAACGGUGCGAUUAUGAUCAACAAGGAGCAGCCGACACAGUUCAACGACUCGGUUGACGGACGUGAUCCACUCGACGUGACGUACUCACCGUCACCGACAACGUACAAGGGACCGAUUCCAGCCUACGUGGACAAGGUGCUCUUGACGUCUUCUGAAGCCAACCACUUCUUGGUCAAGGUGCUGAUCCGUCAGACUCGUCGUCCGGAAAUUGGGGACAAAUUCAGUAGUCGUCACGGUCAAAAGGGUGUGUGUGGUACGAUCCGCAACCAGGAAGACAUGCCCUUCAACGACCAAGGUAUUUGCCCCGAUCUGAUCAUGAACCCUCACGGUUUCCCCAGUCGAAUGACUGUCGGCAAGAUGAUUGAGUUGAUUGCAGGCAAGGCUGGAGUCCUCACGGGCCGUCGUGCUUAUGGAACAGCCUUUGGCGAGAAGUAUGGCUCGGCUGAUCACGUCUUGGACUGCUCUCGUGAGCUGGUGAAGAAUGGUUUUAACUAUGCUGGUAAAGACUAUCUCACGUCGGGUAUCACCGGUGAGGCCAUCGAGUGCUACAUCUUUAUGGGACCGAUUUAUUACCAGAAACUGAAGCACAUGGUGAUGGACAAGAUGCACGCUCGUGCACGUGGUCCUCGAGCCGUCUUGACGCGUCAGCCAACUGAAGGUCGCUCACGUGAUGGUGGUCUGCGUCUCGGAGAAAUGGAACGCGAUUGUCUGAUCGGCUACGGCGCCAGUAUGUUGCUCAUGGAGCGUCUCAUGCUGUCCAGUGACGCCUUCAGCGCUGAUGUGUGUCAGGGCUGUCGUAUGCUGGGCUACGAAGGAUGGUGCCAACAUUGCAAGUCAGAGGAGAAGGUGGUGAGCAUCCGCAUCCCGUACGCGUGCAAACUGCUGUUCCAGGAGUUACAGGCCAUGAACAUCGUGCCGAGACUGACGCUCAAGGAGUAUUAA